AUGUAUUUUGCAUUUCGUCUUCUCCUGUAUGCGCUGCUUCGUCUCCUUCUGUCCCGAUGCAACCUCGCCGCCCAAAUCAAUCGUACCAUCGAUGAUUACCACGGAGACUCAGCGACGGGCGUUGUACCUGUUUACGGUAAUGAAUGGAACUACGGUCCGGCCUGCCCAGCUUGUGCGAUUCAGCUAGAUCCACACUACGUCUUCGACCAAUCGUGGCACGAGGCUACCGUACAUCCAGGCAACCCAGAACCGCACAACGUCACUCUCACAUUUACCGGAUAUAACAAGGGGACCACUACUUCCGUCAACAUCAUAUUUGUGCUGGACGACCAAGUGUAUGGGAUAUUUACAAGUCCAGGGACGAGCCCUGGUGUGUUGUACAAUGUCACGGUAUACAGCAAGACCGGACUACCGAACACCCAACAUACGCUUGUUAUUAUCCCUCAAUACGACGUGAGCGCGAGCUAUAUAGCAUUUGACUGGGCAAUGUACACGUACGAGGAUGACGAUACAACUUCUCCCCUUACAACGUCUCCCACUACAACUGAAAGUCAAAACCCGACCAGUUCGCCCUCGAGACCUACUAGUAUUGUGUCCACAGGCAUAAAUAGGAGCUCCAUGGUGACUUCUAUCUCUAGCGGCCGCGCAGAUUCUACUCCGAUCUCGGGUGAUAGCAGGAACGCAGCUUCAAAGCCUGCACACGGCCCUACCAUCACUCCUAGUGGCUCUUUUUCUUCCUUGCCGUCCACGGGGGCCAUCAUAGGUGCUACCGUUGGUGUUCUUCCAAUAAUCAUUGCUGUCGUGGUGUUCAACUUCUGCCGCCACCGCCGGCUUUGUCGUCGACCUCUCCGGCAAGCCCUGCCGAGAUGCGUACAGGAGCUCGCCCCAGCCAUGCUCUCUGCCCCGUCGUCCUCCAACGCAUCACUAACGAGGACUUCCAUAGCCGUAGAGCCCAGCGUGGAUCUCAAUGACACCGUCGCACAAUCACCUCGACAAAGCGGCACAAGCGGUGCAACCGUUCGCGACGACACGUGCACCGGUAUCACAAGGACUACGCUGAUGCAAGAAGAGCUGACUAGCCAUCAAAGGCCGGCUUCUCCGGAACGCACCGCAGCUGUGGCGAGAGCCGACGUGUUCUCAGAAGCCAUUGCGCCUCAGGAAGCGGCAGUGUUGAGGAGGCAGAUGGAGCUCAUACAUGUGGAAUUAGGGAGAAUCCGGCUAGAGGCAGCAGCAGCGAACGUAGAGCCACCCCCAGCAUACGAACCAAGCGAUUCCGCUGCACUGACGUGGUGCAUGAAAGGAUUGGGAAAGCUUGUGCCUUCCGCACAUGCUUUGCAACAAAUAUCUAUCGAUGCGAGAGGGGACCCAAAGAGGAAUUCCACAGCACUGCCAUAUUCUUGGUCCGGCGAGGAUGGAACAUUCUGGUCAAAGCAGCUGCCAAACCUCAACAAGCACGGGAUGGGUCUUGUCUCCCGCCUCAUCCCAGCCAUUGUCCUUCUCUUCCUGCCCCGAGCCCUUGCCUCCCAAACCAUCCGGACCAUCGACGACUACAACGGGGAUUCAGUGACGGGUGUUAAACCCAUCUUCGAUGGGUCAUGGAACUACGGCCCCACCUGCCCAGGAUGUAAGGUCCAGCCAGAUCCCCAAUACGUCUUUGACAAAUCGUGGCACGACGCCACGACUUGGCCAAACGAUACAAGCUCUCGUACGGUCACCCUCACCUUUACAGGCACUGCGAUCUGGGUGUUUUGCGUCGUUCCAGGGUAUAUGAAGUACGGGGUCACCACUUUCGCCAAUAUCAGCUUCGCAUUGGACGGCGAAGUAGACGGAAGGUUUACAAAUCCAGGGACGGGCUCUGAAAUGAUGUACAACGUGACGGUAUACAAUAAGACCAGACUCGCGAAUACUCAACAUACCCUAGUUGUGACACCCCAUCACGAGCCGAAUGCGAGCUAUAUAGCGUUUGACUACGCAAUGUACUUGUAUGAGGAUGACGAGACGUCCACUGAACUCAUCACCCCCACGAGCGAGAGCCCUACUAGCAGCGUAAACCCUUCGGUAAUCCGAAGCCACUCCAGUGGGCACCCUACCAGUCGCGUAGACUUCACGGCCACGUUAAGCAACGAGUCCAGCACCACGGUCACAAGGACUUCGUCGGGCGAAUACUACCCUUCAUCCGCUACUGCGGAUCCCGGCCACGUCUCUGCUGUUUCCCAAACAUCGUCGCCCGGUUCGAAGACGUAUACCGAAGCUAUCUUGGGCGGUGUUGCCGGUGGGAUUACCGUCGCCGUCGCAGUUGCCGUUCUAUACUUCUGCUACUGGUACCGUCGUCGUUCCCAGUCGGCAUGGCACAACCGCAUGAAGAAGUUCUACCCUCCAGGUUCGGCCGCUUGCAGUCCGUGCCAAGACUCUUGGCGUCAGGGACCAUUCACCAAUGGGAAGCCAAAUCCACUUCGCUUUGCUCCAUCGUUCUCGCGAACGCCGCAAGUGCGGACCUCUGCAAUCGUUGGAAUCGCUGCGGACGUUGACUACUCCCGCGGACAGCCUUCUCGACACAUAGAGCCCGUUCCUUCCGUCUACCAUGACGCGCGGACCGGCAGAACGGAGAAGGUCCUGAUGCAAGAAGAGCUCAGCCGCCUUGAGCAAGAGAUGGCGGAUCUGCUCCUCCAGCAGGCUUCAAGUCCCGCGUAUGAAAGCGUGAUGACAAUGCGUGCAGAGUCGUCUCUAGACGGUGCUGUAACCCAGGAAGCCGUGGGUGAUGGGGAUGCCACGUUGAAUGUCACUGCGGAAGGAAUUUGGGAGAAUGAAAGCAUACGUAGCAGCGGCAAAUACAAUGGCGCCACUAGCGUAUGA